AUGCAGUUAUAAAGCAUGGAAAAGAAGCAACAGAAAAAGGAUGGAGCUUCGGACAAAAGUUCCAAAGAUGUUGGUGCGGAGAAACAAACGGUCCGGAAAGCCAUUCAAUCAGCUGUUCUGAUCCAGCGGUGGUAUCGACGCUAUGUCGCCCGGCUCGAAAUGCGUCGGAGAUGCACCUGGCGCAUCUUCCAAUCCAUAGAAUAUGCAGGAGAACAUGAUCAUAUGAAGCUCAACCAUUUCUUUGACUACCUCAUAGAGAACGUCACACCCCAAAACACAAAAGACAGGGAGUUCAUUAACCGUAUCCUGUCAGACUCGGAUACCGCGAGGCAGGUCAAACUGGAAAAAUCAAUGGAGUCUACAGCGGUACCAGCCAGUUACAAAGGGCCUCGCCUUGGUUUCCCCCUGACGCCAGACGAUGCGGUAAAUGUCCUAGAAGCCUUCAGAAACAAUCAACAGCUUCAUCCUUACUAUGUACUAAAACUCUUCCAAGAGGUGGAACAGCAUCUCAGCCAGCUGCCAAACAUCAACAGAAUUUCUACCUGCUACAGUGAGGAGAUCACUGUGUGUGGAGACUUACAUGGGCAAAUAUUCGACUUGUUUCACAUAUUUUACAAGAACGGACUUCCUUCUCCGCAGAAGUUGUAUGUCUUCAAUGGGGACUUUGUUGACCGAGGCACGCAUUCCAUUGAGAUCCUGAUCAUUAUCUUUAUUUUCCUCUUGAUUUACCCCAAAGAGGUCCACCUGAAUCGAGGAAACCACGAGGACUACAUGAUCAAUUUCCGCUACGGGUUCACCAAAGAAGUCACACGGAAAUAUAAGGAUCAUGCCCACAGACUCCUGGCGGUGAUCAAGAACAUUUUUAGCAGCAUCCCCUUGGCAACUGUGAUUGACAGGAAGGUCCUGAUUGUACAUGGAGGCAUAUCUGAUAAGACCGAUUUGGAACGGCUAGCCAAAGUUGAGAGAUGUAAGAUUCUCUCGGUGCUAGUCCCAAAGCGAAGAAAAACUUUGGACUAUACUGCCUCUGAAGGUGGCCCACUGAUCAGGAGUGGUUCCACAAUCAAUGUCUCCCAAGGAGGACAACAGACAAAUUCAAAAUCCGCCGGCAAGUCACCUGGAACCCAGAAAAACUUAGGACCCAGUCCAUCUCUGGAAUCGGAAGACUCAAAUGAUUCUGAAAGCUAUGAGGAUGAUGACAUUGAACAGGUUAUAGAUAUUUUAUGGAGUGACCCCGAUCCUAAACCUGGAUGCACAGAAAAUGAAGAAAGGGGUGGAGGCUGUUACUUCGGACCAGAUGUGACGGAUAUGUUUUUGCAGAAGCAUCGCCUGCAGUUCAUCAUCCGCUCUCAUGAAUGCAAGCCAGAGGGCUAUGAAGUUGAUCACAAUCGGAAGGUCAUCACUAUAUUUUCGGCUUCAAACUAUUAUGCACCAGGCAGCAACCGGGGCGCCUACAUCAAACUGGGACCUGACCUCAUCCCUCAUUUUGUCCAGUUUCAAGCCACCAAAGGAGUCUCCCGCCAACUGAACAUAACCCAAAGGACCAGCCGAGUGGAGGAGUCAGCGUACCAAAUUUUAAAGGAGCAAUUGUUUGCUCACAGGUCAGAACUCAUCGCAGCGUUCAGGGGUUACGAUAAGAGGAACACAGGCCUCAUCAGUGUAAACGACUGGGCAAAGGCCAUCGAGUCAGUCCUCCAGCUGGGAUUGCCAUGGCGGAUGCUGAGACCACAUCUGAUAUUGCAGCUGACCAAUGGAAGAGUGGACUACAGGACGUGGCUGAAAGACAUCGUGACAGAAGAGAAAUCUUCAACCCAAGAGCGCCUUCAGUCGAGUUUGCUGGAAAGCAUUUACCGAAAUUUAUCCAAUUUGGAGACGAUCUUCUCCCUCAUUGACACCGAUUGUUCAGGAUUUAUUUGUCUCGAAGAGUUCCAUCAAAUAUGGAAGCUGUUCAGUGCCCAUAUGAAUAUUGAUAUCUCCGAUGAAAACAUCCGUGAUUUGGCCCGCAGCAUUGAUUUCAACAAGGAUGGGAAAAUCGACUUCAAUGAGUUCCUUGAGGCAUUCCGCCUAGUCAAACAACCACCUUCCUAGUGAAAAUCAAAGCCACCGUGAACUGGGCUAGUAGGGUAAAACCUGCUGCCUCAAAACAAGGUUGCUAAUUCUGUACUCAUCUUUUACUCCAAAAUCUGCCUCUGAACUAACUCCAAAUUGUGAAUUAUUUACUGCUGCAAAUGGAGCUAUUUUUACUUUUAAUUCAACAGGAAAAAAAAUAUCUGAAUUUUUUUCCCCCUCAGUAACUUUCAAGCAUUGAAGCUUUUUUUAAAGUGCUUGAAAAAACUCAAAGCCACAUUGCUUUUAAUGUCUUACUCCAUUUUAAAGCAUAAUACAAAUAAAGUUUUAUCAACAGUAUCCAAUGACCAGACAUUUCCUUUAUGUUAGUUUCAACGUGGGUCAAAUAAAAAAAAAAUGUUAUCAUUGCCAAGUUUGGCUGAUUAAUACAUUAGCAAAAGAAAGGUUUAAAAUUAAGUCUUACACAAUCAUGUCUAAUCCAAAAUCAAAAAGUAUCUUUGUUUCAGGUCUGUUUCAUUUACAUGUUGAUUUGUCAGACAGUUUGAGAUUUUUCCAAAACUACUAUAGUAUACAGUUAUUUAAUUUUUCAAAACCAUUGUGCAGAGGCAAUAACAUAGAAUGGUAGAAACU